GCCCACGUGACUUACUAAAGAUGGCGGCGCCCAGUGAGGCGGCGUGAAAGUUGUUGGAAGUUGCUGUUUUAGGGUGCGUGAAUCAGAAGCGAGGGAGACCUGGGAGCCAUGUCGCGUCUGAUCGUGAAGAACCUCCCGAACGGGAUGAAGGAGGAGCGAUUCCGGCAGCUUUUUGCCGCCUUUGGCACGCUGACCGACUGUAGCCUCAAGUUCACCAAGGAUGGCAAGUUCCGCAAGUUCGGUUUCAUAGGUUUCAAGUCGGAGGAGGAGGCCCAGGCAGCGCUGAGCCAUUUCCACCGGAGCUUUAUCGACACGUCCCGGAUCACAGUAGAAUUCUGCAAGUCCUUUGGAGACCCAACAAAGCCCCGAGCUUGGAGCAAACACACCCAGAAGCCAAGCCAGCCCAAGCAGCCAUCGCAAGACUCUAUUGUGUCAGACACUAAAAAAGACAAGAAGAAGAAAAAGGUGCCCAGUGACCUGGCGAAGCUGAAGGAAGAUGCCGAGUUCCAGGAGUUCCUGUCCAUCCAUCAGAAGAGGACCCAAGUGGCCACGUGGGCAAACGAUGCUUUGGACUCUGAGCUCCCAAAAUCGAAACCCAAGCCAGCCGGGGACUAUCUGAACUUCGACUCCGACUCGGAUUCAGGGCAGGAGAGUGAGGAGGAGCCAGCCCCAGAGGAACACGAAGAGGAACAAGGUCCGCAGCCGAAGGCGGCCGUGCAGGAGGGGCUGUCUGACAUGGACUACCUGAAAUCCAAGAUGGUGCGGGCAGAGGUAUCCUCUGACGAAGAGGACAGUGAAGACGAGGCAGUGAACUGUGAAGAAGGCAGUGAGGCUGAGGAAGAUGAGAGCUCGCCUGCCUCCCCAGCCCAGCAGGAGAAUGGGAGCCGGGGAGCCAUGCCUGGGAGCCGGAGGCCUCAGGAAGCUGCUGGCAAGGUAGAGAAGCCAGCCAGCCAGAAGGAACCCACCACCCCCUACACCGUGAAGCUCCGGGGAGCUCCCUUCAAUGUCACUGAGAAAAACGUCAUGGAAUUCUUGGCGCCCCUGAAGCCAGUAGCCAUUCGAAUAGUGAGAAAUGCGCACGGGAACAAAACAGGGUAUGUCUUUGUGGAUCUCAGCAGCGAAGAAGAAGUGAAGAAAGCUCUGAAGUGCAACCGAGAAUACAUGGGUGGACGCUAUAUCGAGGUGUUCCGAGAGAAGCAGGCCCCCACAGCCCACGGUCCCUCCAAGAGCAGCACCACCCCCUGGCAGGGCCGCACGCUCGGGGAACAUGAGGAGGAGGAGGACCUGGCUGACUCCGGGAGGCUCUUCGUGCGGAACUUGUCCUACACCAGCUCCGAGGAAGACCUGGAGAAACUCUUCUCUGCCUAUGGUCCUCUGUCAGAACUCCACUACCCCAUCGACAGCCUGACCAAGAAGCCCAAGGGCUUUGCUUUCGUCACCUUCAUGUUCCCUGAGCACGCAGUGAAGGCCUAUGCAGAGGUGGAUGGGCAGGUAUUCCAGGGCAGGAUGCUCCAUGUGCUACCAUCCACCAUCAAGAAAGAAGCCAGCCAGGAAGCCGAUACCCCCGGGUCCUCUUACAAGAAGAAGAAGGAGGCCCUGGACAAAGCCAACAGCUCCAGCUCUCAUAACUGGAACACGCUGUUCAUGGGGCCGAAUGCCGUGGCUGACGCCAUCGCACAGAAGUACGACGCCACUAAGAGCCAAGUGUUUGACCAUGAGACCAAGGGCAGCGUGGCUGUGCGUGUGGCUCUAGGAGAGACCCAGCUGGUCCAGGAGGUCCGCAACUUCCUCAUUGACAACGGCGUCAGCCUGGACUCUUUCAGCCAGGCCGCAGCAGAGCGAAGCAAGACUGUGAUCCUGGCUAAGAACCUCCCGGCAGGUACGCUGGCUGCGGAGCUACAGGAGAUCUUCGGCCGCUUUGGCAGCUUGGGCCGCGUGCUUCUGCCUGAAGGUGGCAUCACAGCCAUCGUAGAGUUCCUAGAGCCCCAGGAGGCCCGCAAGGCCUUCAGGCACCUGGCCUAUUCCAAGUUCCACCAUGUCCCCCUGUACCUGGAGUGGGCUCCAAUCGGUGUCUUCGGCGUAGCCUCCCAGAAAAAAGAUUCCCAAUCUGAGCGGCCUGCAAAGAAAGCAGAGGCAGAACGGGAGACUGCACUCGACACAGAAGGCGAAAAGGCUUCACCAGAAGGAGCAGAGGCCUUCACAGGCAAGAUGGACGAGGAAGAAGAGGAGGAAGAGGAAGAGGAAGAAAGUGUCCCAGGAUGCACUUUGUUUAUUAAGAACCUCAACUUCAGCACCACAGAGGAAACACUGAAGGAAGCGUUUUCCAGAGUAGGAGCUGUAAAGAGCUGCACGGUCUCCAAGAAAAAGAAUAAAGCAGGAGUGCUACUUUCAAUGGGAUUUGGGUUUGUGGAGUACAAGAAGCCAGAGCAGGCCCAGAAAGCCCUCAAGCAGCUCCAGGGUCACAUCGUGGACAACCAUAAGCUGGAAGUGCGGAUCUCCGAGCGGGCCACUAAGCCUGCCUUGACAUCCACUCGGAAGAAACAGGUCCCCAAGAAGCAGACAACCUCCAAGAUCCUGGUGCGGAAUAUCCCCUUCCAGGCCAACCAGAGGGAGAUCCGGGAGCUUUUCAGCACCUUCGGGGAACUGAAGACAGUGCGCCUGCCAAAGAAGAUGACGGGGACAGGAGCACACAGGGGCUUCGGCUUUGUGGACUUCGUCACCAAGCAGGAUGCAAAGAAAGCCUUCAAUGCGCUGUGUCAUAGCACCCACUUGUAUGGCCGGAGACUGGUUCUGGAAUGGGCAGACUCAGAGGUGACGGUGCAGGCCCUACGGAGGAAGACAGCCAGACACUUCCAAGAGCCCCCAAAGAAAAAGCGGUCUGUGGUGUUGGAUGAGAUCCUGGAGCAGCUGGAAGAUGGGGACAACGAUGACAGUGAGCAACUUCUUCAGCUGUGAGCUGGCACCACCAAGGUGUGUGGCUCUGGGGCCCUGGGGCCGGCGGGGCAUAGGAGGAGGUCU